UUUUAACGUCCCGGGUUGAGGUAACAGAAUCACCUGCAAAAAGCUGACGAACCACUCCAAGUGUUCGACGAAAUGCCUCACUGAAUUUGACGAAGGCGGCGCAAAGAUGAAGUACGUGAGGCCCUUGAACAUGUUCCUGGAUUUGCACAAGGCCAAAGCUCUCCAACGCGGCGGCCGCUUGCUCGGUCUGGACGUCGGCGACAAGUACGUCGGCCUCGCCGUUUCCGACCUCGAUAACAAAAUCGCCUCCCCUUUAAGUGUUCUGCUUAGGAAGAAAUCAACCCUGGAAUUGAUGGCCUCUGAUUUCCAGAGCUUGGUCUCCAAGCUUUCUCUGGUGGGCUUUGUAGUUGGCUACCCUUUCGACAGACAGCGAGGCACUCCUGAAGCUGUCCAAGUGAAGCUUCUGAUUGAGGAUCUCUGUAAGACGAGAAAACUUGAAGGCAUGAAGUAUACUUAUUGGGACGAGUGCUUUACUUCAAAGAAUGUCGAAUUACUGCUAAAGCCUUUGAGUUUCCAUCCGGUUCAGUCAAAGACAAUUGUUGACAAGUUUGCUGCUGUUGGUAUACUCCAGGUAGUGUUGGGUACCUUGAUUAUGUGAACAGGAAGCUGACGUUGGAUCAAAAGCCAUCACCUUUGCUGAACUCCUCAUGAACAAAUCAGUUGGCAAAGACAGAUGACUGUUUUAGCAGAUGACUCCGAUUUAUCCUUUCAUAAAUUGUAGUGUAGGGAACUCUCUCUCAAGGAAAACCUAACUUUGUACAUCAUUUGAAGUUCUUUCCUUCCCCCAAAAUCUCAAACUACUUGUAUGAAGGGCUUAUCAGCAAAUUUGCCACUGCUUUAAUAUAACGCAAUGCUAUUAGCAAUCUGAAAAA